AGAAAGAAGCCAACUAGCUACAGCCUUCAAGAACCUUCUUCUGUAGACUGUAUCAUCCACAGUAAAGGAUCAAUGCCCAAGUAUUUAUAGAUAAGCCGGAUUAACUCAAAGAAAGAAAGGUUAAUUAGAGGAGAGAGAGAGAUCUAGAGAGAGAAAGGAAGUUGAGAUCGAUGGGGAAGGCUCGCAGUGUAGGAGUUGGAAUGGAUUAUUCAGCAACAAGCAAAUUAGCCCUAAGAUGGGCAGUCGAUAAUCUCAUCGAACAAGGAGAUCGCAUCGUAUUAAUCCACGUUGAGCCAACCAAAGCAGCUACUACAAGCAGGAAACAGCUGUUUGAGAACACUGGAUCACCUUUGAUUCCUCUAGAAGAACUUGUGGAGACUAAUGUCUCAAAGCACUAUGGACUUACUAAUGAUCCAGAGGUGCUUGAUAUUCUUGACAAAGUGUCAAAAACUAAAGGGGCUGAGGCUGUGGCAAAGGUGUACUGGGGGGAUCCAAGAGAGAAGUUGUGUGAUGCAGUGCAAGAUCUUAAGCUUGAUUCGCUUGUCGUCGGAAGCAGGGGCUUAGGCCCUAUCAAAAGGGUGUUGCUGGGCAGUGUAAGCAUCUAUGUGGUGACAAAUGCUUCAUGUCCGGUUACUGUUGUCAAGGGCGCACACAAUCAUCCAAACCAUAAAAUCUCAAAGAAACUAUCUUUCAAAUGAUAAUUAGUACUUUGAAUUAUAAUGUGUUGAAAUUAAAGGAAUCAGGCCUUGGGGAUAUUGUGGUUUUUCCUUUUUUUUUUCUUUUUCUAAUUAGGAUGGUAUUAUCCAGACGAUUUUUGUCUCUUACACACCUCUUGUUAAUUUAUAUCCUUUGAACUUAUUCAAUUCAUUAGAUCUAAUAGUCGGAUAUUGACAGGCGGUGUGUAAGAAGUAAAAAAUGGUGUGUAGAUAUCACUACCCUUCUAAUUAUUAUUAUUAUUUUUAUUACCAUAUGGAAUCUUAUUCUGCAGGCUUUGGUUUGAUGGGUACUUGUACGGUUGUUGAAACUUAUUAUCAUUAAUAUAAUAUGUGCUGUUUGGCAAA